AUGCAGGGGGGCCGGGUGGGGGGCAAGGGCCUGGGCUACCAGCAGGCCAGACUAGGGGGCGCGCUGCGGGGCGGCUGGGCACAGACUGGCUGGUCCAUGUAUGUCCCCCCACGGAUAACGGGGCUGAGAGGAGAUUCCAUUGUGCUGCCCUGCACCUUCGCACACCCGAUCCCCGACUACACGGGUGACAUCCAGGUGAUCUGGAAGCCCGAUAUUUUCCAAUGCAUGGUGAGCAACAGCACCCAGACUGGCAGCUUCAAUAACUGCACGACGGGGCAGGGGCCGAGUGGGCGCUACCGCCUGGCCGGGGACCCCCGACGGCACAACCUCUCCCUGCACAUCGCAGGGCUGCGCUACAAGGACAGCAGACAGUACAUGUGCCGCGUGGUGCUCCUUGAAGAUCCGAAAUGGGCCUUCGAGGACAAGACUGGGAUAACGCUCAGCGUGGAAGCGCGACCCAGCAUCCUCAACCUCACGCUGCUCCCCGGGCCCCUCCCUGUGCGGGUGGCCUGCACGGCCGAGGGGAUCCCCGUGCCCAACAUCACAUGGCUGGGGCCGGCGGGGAUCGAGGUGGGGCAGCUGCAGGACACCCAUGGGCUCUGGAACCAGACGACGCAGGUGGUGUCAGUGAGCCGGAUCGGGACCUACACCUGCCGGGCGGAGAACGUGCAUGGCCGGGCUGAGAGCUCGGUGCCCGUGGGGCCCACGGGGCCGCCCCUGCUGCUCAUCAUCAUCCUCCCAGCAGCCCUGCUCCUGCUCACCGCCCUCCUGCUGCUCGUCCUCUGCUGCCGAUGGAAAGGCCAGUGCCGGGUCCUGGGGAGGUGA